UUUACGAAAAAUGAUGUAGAAGCACUGAGAGUGAAAUUUCAGCCAGCAUCCGAAGAUCUCGUUAUUCCUAAUGAAAAAAUCGAAGAUUUUCCAGAAAACUAUAUUUGCCCCAAAAUAAAUAGAGAUGUGCUCGAUAAAACAGAAUUUAAAGUUCGAGAAAUAAGUGAUUUUUCCGAUGGGUUCGUUCAAACCUUCUUUGAUAAACUACAUAUCGUCACGAGAAACCCACCAGGAAUACCUGAGUCCAGCACUGAUGACUUGGUUGCUGAUCUUCUUCGUAUCGUUCGGCUGAAUUAUUAUCCUUUGAAAAUAAC